GAAAUGUCUGUGAGUGCCUGUCUGUGCACUCAGAAACUCGGAUGAUGUGGCUGGCUGGCACGUUCUUUCCCGGAUGCUCCCCAGGGCUUCAGCAGCAACUUCGGCAGCAACUUCGCACUGACUUCCUCUGUGGAAACGUCCCCAGAUAUUUAGGAAAAAGUUUUAGUCUAAAUGAAUCUCAUUAUCUUGCAGCAGGAACAUCUCGCCUGAGGACUGUAAAGUCUAAUUAGUCUGAAAAUGGAGACCCAAGAACCGGUGGAUUCCUCUCAGGGUGCCAAGCAGUGCGUUAUUUCAGAGGAGUUAAUUGCAGAAGGAAAAUGGGUCAAGCUGGAAAAAACAACAUACAUGGAUCCCACUGGUAAAACGAGAACGUGGGAAUCAGUGAAACGUGCAACCAGGAAGGGACAGAGUGCCGAUGGUGUGGCGGUCAUCCCGGUGCUGCAGAGGACUCUUCAUUAUGAGUGCAUCGUUCUGGUGAAGCAGUUCCGACCGCCCAUGGGGGGCUACUGCCUGGAGUUCCCAGCAGGUCUCAUUGAUGAAGGUGAGAGCCCAGAAGCAGCUGCCCUUCGGGAGCUUGAGGAAGAAACUGGCUAUAAAGGCGACGUUGCUGAGUGUUCUCCAGCCGUGUGUAUGGAUCCGGGUCUGUCAAACUGUACCGCACACGUCGUGACAGUGACCAUCAACGGAGACGUUGCAGAAAACGUAAGGCCCAAGCCAAAGCCAGAAUUUGUGGAAGUAAUUUCAUUACCAAAGAAUGACCUGCUGAACAGACUUGACGCUCUGGUAGCUGAAGAACAUCUCACGGUGGACGCCAGAGUCUACUCCUAUGCUCUGGCGCUGAAACACGCGAACACGAAGCCAUUUGAAGUGCCCUUCCUGAAAUUUUAAGGCCAAAGACGACACUGACCAUGUUUUUGUAAACAAGACCACCAGGCCUUCUUCACUAAGACUUCGUAUUCAACGUAGUUUAAUGUAGAUUUGGAAUUAGCUUUUUGAUAAAAUAAAAGCAGUGCCAAAUGCACAUGACAGUGGUAUGGAAUUAUAAUUGCAGGCAGGCUGAAACUCUCAGCGUGUUAAAGUCCAGCUAAUAUUAAUGGCAAAGAACAUAAAUGCAGAUGUAUUUACUCCUCCUUUUUUUUUUAACCAGCUAGCACUUUUUUAGUCCAGGAGGUAGGGGUAUUUCUGUAGGAAAACAGAACUGAGUCCUAAAUCAGGUCAACUCCCAACAGAAAACUCUCACUUGAUAUGCUCGUAAGUUUUUUACUGUGGUAGUUUAUAAAACAGAGCUUCAAAAAGACUUAGGAACUUUUUAAAAUUAAAUUAAUUGCUUCUAAUUAAUUUAAUUGCUGUAUGGAAUCCAACUGAGGAGUAGAGGACAUGAAGCCAACAGAAAGUAACACUUGUGACGAGUAAAUACGUUGGUGCCCUGAAGCUGACCCAACUCUUGACUGCUUCUGUGCCCGACCCCAAGGCUCAGGGCGCAGGACUCCUCCCUCAAGCCCGGGCACAUUCCUUAGGAUCUGAUUUCCUGUCCUUACCUCAAAGAAUACAUGACAUAUUUCUAAAAGUAAAUCCAUAGUGAUGAAAUUGAUAUGGUUUGGGGCACUGUUAUCUUGGUGGUAACCAUGAGGAGACCCAACACAAACGAUUUCAAGGUAGAAAAGGUGGGAGUGGUUUCUGGCUCGGGCCAUGCCGCACCCCUGUUGUCCAGGAGCUCUGCCAGUGCUGCUGGGCCACUGGCCUUUUAUCUCAGUGAGCUGAGCUCGUGGUGCCUUGAGGGCCUCCAGCAGCUCCGGCUUCUCCAGGACUUUGCAGCUUGGCCCCCAUGGACAUCUCAGGAUGGUCCAGGUUGGCCAGCCCCAGGUCACGCCUCUAGCCUGGAUCUGGGGGGUAAGCCACGCCCUCAGAAACACGCAGCAGUGGCUCCCCAGAUGAAAUCAGGGUACAAAUUUCACAGAUGCUGCUACGUCAUUCAUUAGUCUACAAGUUUUGAGUGAAAAUGCAUGUUUUUAUUUUUUAACUCCAAGAAAACCCAAGAUCCUUACAUUGGACUUCUUAGACGAGGACAGAAACAACCAUGGAAGUACAGACCCUUGCAGACCAAGUCUGCUCGCCCUCAAUUGGGAAUGCUGAGGUCCCGCUUCUGGGGUAGUGUCGCCUCCUCUGUGCCUUGAGCUCUCUUUGUAAAUCCUGGUUGGAGUCACGGGCAUCAUGGCUUUCCAGAUCCCGCGUCUUCUUCCCUGAGCUCUGAAGGCCCACGUCCUAGCAUUUCCCGACACAUCCCUGCUUCACAAUCAAGGAGCGGCAAGGCAUGACCCAGUCUUUGCACACAGACCAGUUCUUCCAGAGCCCUCCCGGGAACACCUACUUGAGUUAACCCUACCUCUAUCCCUUCUGCCUGCCUUUCUUCCCAAGAGUACAGCUCAGGAUGACUGCCAAACCCUACGUGUCCAUGACACCAUUGUGUUUUCUGUAAACAUCCAAAGGCUGUGCUUUGGAAAUUAAGUCAAAGUUGGAGAACUGGCAGUCUGGAUCUUUUCACUGGCUAGCAUUGUUUAAAAUUAUUUACCCUGCAUUUAAAAAUGGAAGGUUUCCUAUAAAAAGCCAUGUUUCUACCUUCUUCUGAAAAAAAUGAGACGACACAGCAUUGGGCCCAUGUUCUGUGGUAACAGUGGUCUGAAGCCCCUGGGAGAUGUUCACUGGUGGACUGCUGUUACCAUCCCACCUGCCUCUAUGUCUUGCCACUGUCAUGACUUGGCUUUGCGAUCCUAAGCUUAAACAACACGUACUUGCUACACUUAAUAAGAAAGUAAACAAUGGAAAGCUGUAUUUCUGGAAAGGACCUCUUUUAAAAAAUAAGUUUGAUCUUAAAAAUGGGUGAUGGCCUGUGCUCUUGCAGAUGGAGACUGGGAUAUACUGUUUUGAGACCACUUUUCCUGUGUCUUUCCAAAUGUUAAUCAUGUGAAUGUGUCCCUUAAGCUGGUCACUGUCCCUCAAUGAUCCAGGAUUAAACACGGAAGCAUGAUUACAUUUGACUUUCAGUAGGCAUCUCAGAAUGGACUUUGUAUGAAUCCAAUGAACCUGUACAAAUAACUUAGAAAACAUUUGAUAUCAGAUUUCUUUAUUUUUCCAACACAACUGAAUCAGUUUAUUAAAUAAAAGUUUAUUGUCUACUGUGGACACUCAUGUUGCUGCCGUGAGCACAACAACAUACACAGACUCUUAGCAUGAGUUACGCAGUGUUCACCCCACGGAACUGCAGACCUGCCAGGCUCAGGUCUUUGCUCUAGGGAUUCAGAGGGAAAAGAAUUGGGGCGGAGCGUCUUGAAGGAGCAUCGCAGGGGCUGGUCGGGACCAGAAGGCUCGGCUGACACAGCCCAGCAGCGCUGCCGGUGCUGACGCUGGGGAGGACGGAGGACGGAGGAACAGGCAGAGUGGCCCGAAGUGGCCGUUUCGAGGGACGCGAGUGACCUGAUGCACGACUCGGCCCUCGGGGCCAAGUGGCUGCACUGAGAAGGGACAAAUGGCAAGAAGGAGGGGGUGGCAGGCGGGGAUACCACGAGCUACAAAAGUACAAAAAGUAAUUAUCUAAAAUAGAGAUUGAUAGAAAUGUUCCAGAACUCAUUAAAUAAGCUCAAAAAUA